AUGCAAACGUGGAGGAGGUCUGCAAGUGCCGAUGCGAUUGACUUUGACGUUACCUACAAGGGACGCUGUAAGGUUAAAAAUACUCUUUAACGAAGUACAAACAUUAACCACAAAGGACUGCCAAGGACCGCAAACGAAUAUGCAGAAGAACGUAGGAUCUAUAAAGACCUGAUCAGCAAAAAUGAAAAGUAGACAUAUUUAAUUCUGCAAGCAGAAUACUGCAAUGCUGAUGAAGGGUCACUGGGCAAAAUAACUUAUUUGGGUCCAGUUUAAGCAACAUUAAAUAAGUAUUAAAUUUGAAGAUAGUUAUAAGUCAGAUUUAAGGGUAUUAAACAUGACUUAAAAGCAAAGUUUAUUUUAAGUCAUGUUUACGUUUCAGUUAAAUGCAUAUUAAAACUAGCUUUAUAUUUAAUAUAUAUUGAAGUCACUUUAAACAUCCCUAAAUAACUGUAAGGAUUUAAUUACAUUUGAGUCUUCUUAAAUAUGUCUUAAACGGAAUGAAAGAUUUAAGACAAAUUAAAGUCUUCUUAAAUAUACCAUUAAAUGGACUGAAAGAUUUAAGACAAAUUUAAGUCUUCUUAAAUAUAUCAUUAAUUAUAAACGGACUGAAAGAUAUAAGGCAAAUUAAAGUUUUCUUGGAUAUGCCAAAAAUUUAAUACCAGAUUAAGUCGUAUAUUAUUGAUUUAAAGGUAAAAAAAUAUUAAAUCAUAAUUAUUAUUCAAAUGAUAAUUUAAUAAUAAUACUUUUAUUAUUUAUUAUUAUUAUUAAAUCUUUUCCAGAAUUUAUUCCAAGUCCAUCGAAGCCUCUUUUAAGCCUAGUUAAGUCUGCUACACACUCUUUUCCCCAAUCCCUUACAAGAAAUUAUCCUUCUCCAUCCAUGCAUACAAUUUUAUUGGCCUUUGGCUUAAAAUUUUCUGCCAUUUUGGAAUAAGGUUCACAAAAAUCCAGCAUAUUAUUAGAAGUCACUUGAUCGUCUCCCUGAACGAACGCGCGCGCGAAUGCGCGAAAAAUAUUCUACCACGCAUGUCAAAUCAGAUAUUGGUGACGUUAAAGGUACGUCAGCAAUAGCACGCCAAUCAAAUGUCCACAGCUACAAACGCGGUAUGUUUGAUCACUGUUUUGACAGCGUCUUUAUCAGUUCACUUCGAAAAGUUGUGGUGUUCGUUGCGAGCUUUUGCCCUGGUUUUUAGUAUCGUAUUUUACAACCGAAUCAUGGCUACAUGCAGUCCUUCUCAAGAAAGACAGCUUGUGCUUAUGGAAAGUAUGAACAGGAGAUUGGAUUCAUUUUUAGCGAGCCAGAAGAAACUGGAAGAAAAAACGCUUCAGCAGAAAAAACGCUUCAGCAAGAAAACGUCAAGUUGCGAACUGAACUCUCAAAACAGGAGAGACUAAAUAACACCAAACGCGGCUCAAAACGUAAACGUGCAGAAUCCAAACUAGAAGUUCCUGUGGAUUUAAGGGUAGGUUUACGUACUUGUUUUAUUGGUUUGAUAUUAGAAGAAAAGCUUUUCAUCGUGAGAGAUCAGAGUUUGUGCUUAUUCUUUAGAGCUGACCGUGUGAUAGCGUGUCUUCAAAGGCGCCGACAUGCCUGUGUUGUAAAACAUCGCAGGAGCCUACAAACCCACAUUGUCUUCCCCUUCGCGCUCAAUUUUAGUAUUUAAGAAGUGAGAACAUAUAUUUAGAACAUAUAUUUAUUUCACCAUUGAAUAACACGAGAUCGAUGGAGAAAGUUGCUGUUGGAAGCAACCGAUAGUGAUCGAUGAUGUGGUUGAUCUCAAAGCAGAAGCCAUGAACAGGGUUAUUGGUUAUAUGCUUCUGUUUCAAUUUGCAGGGUUCGCACAGUCUUGAAAAGUCCUUGAAUUUCAUUUUUUCCUUGAAAUUCUAUGAAAGUUCUUGAAAAGUCCUUGAAUUUUCUUCAACUUUGAAUGUAGUGGCCUGGAAAGUGUUUUUUGAUGCUUUUUGGUUGUCCAAGACAGAAUAUGAAUCAUAGCUCAAAGGAUUUAAAGGUUAUUUACACAAAAUGCUCAAUGUUUUAUGCAAUAAUUAACUAUCAAUUUAAGACAGGUGAACUGGAAAAUGUAAAGAAGUUGGUGAAGCAAACAGUUCAAGCCUUAAAGCCUUAUUAGAAUGGACUGGGAAUGUGCAUUAACUUUAAAAGUUGUUCAUAAAAUUGGAAAUAGUCCACUGUAAAAUGUCAUAGAUAGGCUUCAGUUAAAAUUGACUUAUGACAUGAAUUAGGUCUUGUUUUAACUGAGGAUAUUUUACUGAGCCUUCACUUUGAAAUUAACAUACUGUUUUUGUGACAGUCCCCAGUCAGAGGUGAACCAGGACAUCUUGUCUAA